CAGCAGAGCUUCUCUCCUGGAUUGCUAGGACACGGAAGAUCUUACUUCCCUCCUACAACAUUUCUGCCUUCUUCCAGAACAGAAAUGUGCACCAACAGCAGUGAUUCUCUCCAUCAGUAACUGAUGUACCCAGGCCUUCCACAGCCAGACAGAACAGAUAUAACGCUUUUAGGCUGGCUCCAGAAGACUCAGACUGUGUUUGACUACCACCCUUUUGGAUAAAUAUUUUGGGAUUCAGGAUGAAUAAGACAAGAACUGUUAAUGAUGUUUUUCAUUUCCUGAUCAGCAAGAACUGGAGCUCAAGCCGAAGCUUUCCUUUGAACAUUUCUAAUCAGUGCAUGAACAUCACUGACCUUACUGUCUUUCUGGCCACCUCUUACAGCUUGGAGACUGUUCUGGGCAUUGUGGGAAACAUCUGCCUGAUUGCUGUCAUUGCCAGGCAGAAGGAAAAGGCCAAUGUCACCAAUAUCCUAAUUUCCAACUUAAUAAUUUCAGACUUGUUUAUGUGUCUUGUCUGCCUGCCUUUCACUGUUGUUUACACCAUGAUGGACUACUGGAUAUUUGGAGAAGUCAUGUGCAAAAUGACCUCUUUCACUCAGUGCACAACUGUGACCGUGUCAAUCCUUUCCCUUGUCCUUAUCGCUCUGGAAAGACACCAGCUCAUCAUAAACCCGACUGGCUGGAGGCCAAAUACCUCCCAAGCCUACCUCGGAAUUGGAGUGAUUUGGACUUUAGCAUGUCUCAUGUCCCUACCCUUUCUGACCACAUCUAUCUUGUCUAAUGAGUUGUAUGAGCAGCUCUCACACUUCAUGAAUUUUUCCACUGAUAAGGCAAUAUGUAUCAACUCGUGGCCUUCUGAGCAGCACAAACUUAUCUAUACUACCACUUUACUGCUCUUGCAAUAUUGCAUCCCUCUGUUCUUCAUUAUCCUUUGCUACCUGCGUAUCUACUUGCGCCUGCAGAAGAGAAAGGACAUGUUUGAGAAGAGUGAGUACAGCAACCGAGCAGUCCAGCUGAGAAGGAUAAACAUUUUGUUAGCAUCCAUGGUCGCUGCUUUUGCUGUUUGCUGGCUACCAUUGCAUGUUUUCAACACCAUCGUGGACUGGAAUUACAAAAUCAUUUCGCCUUGCCACCACAACCUGAUCUUCUCAUUGUGCCACCUGGUAGCUAUGGCUUCCACCUGUGUCAACCCUGUUAUCUAUGGUUUCCUAAACAGCAACUUCAAAAAAGAAGUGAAGUCACUGAUUCUGAGCUGCCAGCAUAAUUCGGUCACUGCCUCGAUAGAAGAAUAUGAUCAUUUGCCUUUAUCCACCAUGCAGACUGAAAUUUCCAAGGGGUCGCUGAUGUUGAGCUGCAGGCACAAUUCUAUCUAAUGAGCAGAAAACAUUUCAGAGGGGUGCACUGACACCACAACCAAUUAUUACCUGUGGGUAUAUAAAGCAACUGGUGAUGCCACAGCUGGGAUGUGAACAGGAACCCAUCACUACCUGGUUUUUGGAAGAACAAGCAAAGUAAUGUAAAUGUUCAUGGUUGCUGCUGUGGUGCACAAGUUUUUGGUGUCCGUGAGUGGUGCGGACACUGAGGAGACUGGGCUGAUGUAUAAGCAGCUGCUCUAAGAUCAGUAACUAAGCUGUGGCUGCACAGAGGCUAACAGAGAGUUCAUCAACAGAACAUGUAUCUCUACCAUGGCUGCAGCAGAAGACCAGAUUUUCAGUUUCAGCACUGCAGGCUGCCAAAAGUAUUGGAGAAGACUCUCUCGGUUUUUCAGUAUUAGUAAGAUUUUUAUGCAUAGCUGACAUACCAGUGGAACAGACAUCUGUAAAUAUCAAAUUUUGUUUUGCUUUUCCACCUUUCACAACCCAGUAAGCAACAGUAAUCCUUCAGAUCUUCACAUAAACCAACUGCCUGUUUCUAUGAAACUUCACUCACGCCAUAGGCUUGAGAAUAGUCAUUGCCUCUGCAAGUAGGGACAAGGAACAAUGACCCUGGUAUAUAAAGAAGACAGUCACUUAUGAGGAAUGGCAGCAAAUGAAAAUGUUAUUCAAUGAUUAAACUCAAAAUGCAUUGAGAUGAUACCAAGAACUAUUUUUAAGCACAUGAAAAACAGUUGUAGACUCACACGGAGAUGAGUCUGGUUGAAUUUGUAGUUCCUGCUGCUGUCAAUCACAAAGCUCUGCAAAACUUUAGGCCAUGAUGGUACAAGAUGGCCAGAUUGCAGGAGUUGUUCCAGGACUUGGUAGCAAUGUGACAUUAUGCUUCAGCACCUUCUUGGUGCUUUAAUUGCAAAGUAUCUAAUUGAGAAGAUCAGAACUAGCAAGAAAAUCUGUUUGUGGAAAUCAUGUGUUUCCAAAGUGGAUACACUUCCAAAGAAGUAAGCAGGUGCAUGGAGAAUUUCAGUUUUCUUAAAAAAUAAAACCUGAUGUCAGAUAUCAGUCCCACUCACUGGCAUCAGCAGCACAGGUGAAGCUGAAAUUCCAGCAAAUCAAUAGAAGGUCAAUGGAAGUACACAGGUGGAAUCCCGGUCAGCCUGAAGCCAAGCUACAUGUAAAUAGGUAGUCCUAUCAAUUGCUCUAUUAAAAUGAAGGUCAUAUUUUUUCACAACCGUGUUAUUUGUAGCCUUUGUUCAUGAAACCUACAAACUAAAAACUCAUUUAACCUCUGGAGCCAGAGAAAUUGCUCAGUGACUAUUGAGAAACCAAGUCAUGCCCAAGAAGGCCAUGCUGAGGUACAGAUUAAAACAAAACAAAGCAAACAAGUGCAAAAAGGAGACCAAGCAGUUCAAUGCUAAUGAAACAUUGAAGCAUGUUCUGUCCUGAUUUGCUAAACUGACCUUAGCAGAAGACUGGACUAGGUGGUCAGCUGAGGUAAUUUCCACCACGAAUUGCACCAAGAUAAGUGGUGGUUACUUGUUGAAGUCAAUAGGUUUGCAUGGAGCUGAAGAGAUCCAGUGUAUAGUUAUGCAAACAACUAGAAAUUCCUUAGCUGGCAGAUCUCUGAUUAGACAAAUGGGUAUUAAGAUAGGUGAGGAAAAGACUUCUUCCCAUGCUGUGAACUGACAGGAAUAUGGAUGCUGAGCAGAGUAUCUGAGGACAAGAGCUAAGCCCCAAGUUAUAAGGCAGGAAAAGCUAUCAGUAAGUAUGGGAUCAUCUCCCCAGCUGGCAGAAAUAAAGGUUAAGCCCUUGCCAUGAGCUGGUGCAGAGAUUUCAGUGGUAAAAUUUUAAGUUUGCCCUUGAAAUCUUGUGUGCAGAAUCGUACAGCAGAGGUUUGUUUGAUGCAGUAAUUCUGGCCUGAACCUGUAUAUCUCAGAGACUUCAUGUGUGAUUACCUUUUGUAUCUUGCUCAACUACAUGGAAAGACAUUCUUUAUUUUUUCAAAUGGAUUCCAGCUUUCUUUUUCUUUCUUAUUUACUAUACCAUGCUGAGAAGUUGCUUCUCUUGAUUAGUUUGCAUGCAAUGUGAUUUCUAGACUGGACCUCGAGUCCACUAGAAAUACGGAACAAGAGGACUCUUGUUUUAUCUUAGAUGCAUCUUGAAAUUUGCUACUGUAGCCAAAACCACUAUGGAAUGCUGAGUAGCACAAAAUACAGUAACUCCUCCCAGUCGGUGUGAGUUAUAUCAAAACUGUGUUAUAUUAUUUCAGGGCUUAAAUGCUGUUUCAUCUUUGUCAUUAUUUUGCAUUUAGAAUCAAUUUAAGUAAUUGAAUAAUCCUGCCUGUUUUUUGCACUUGUUAGAAUUCCAGCAUUUAGCUAGAUAAGGUGUCUGUAAAACUAUUGUAAGAGUACUCUGCUAAACAUGAGCACAGAAAAUUACCUGAUACAUGGUCUUAGGUAUCUAACUUUUCAAGCACCAGUGACUUAAAUGGAAACACAAUUAAUUAAUUACCUUUAGCAUUAGCGCUUCCGUGAACAUGUCUUUGUCACUAGUUCUGAGUGAAAACAUUUGGUAAAGCACACACAGUGUAUCAGAGACCUGCCACUAGAGCUAUGCACUGGCAUUGUGCGUCAGACCCGAGUUCUUCCUGCAAAGGGCAGAAAUAUGAGCGAGAUCUGACUCUCUGUUUAACUGUAAUUCACGCAGACAUUUGUUUCCAUGAGCACAAGUAGAUAUAUCAAGCAUGCAGAUCCAACUUUACACUAACACAGACAAACACAAACGGAUGUUAUCUUCCUCUUGUGAUUAAGCAAAGUGUCAAGUUUGGAGUCAACUACUGUUUAUUGCUAACUGACUUUGUACUGGAUAAACUACAGGGUUUAAACACUAAAAGCCACGAAACUACACCCGUACAUCUAACUGCAAAAAUGCAGAUCCUCAGAACUCCCAACCAGCUGCAGCCUGUCCAUCUACUUACCAUCCCGAGAUACAUGCUUUUCAACCCAUAAAAUUUCUAAAGUAACUAAAUAAACUUUAAAGAAAACCCAGAAAAAUAAAUAUACCUAGGUACCAGAGGACUGAAUAUGUAACAGAAAAAGGUACCAAUUCUUCAUUUUGUGCAUACACCACGGCUUAUGCUGCUGUGCACAGAUGCAGUAGAGGAUACUGCACCAGCUCCUUCUCAAGAAGUGCUGCAGCGACUGCUCUCUGUUCCCUUUGAAGGCAAAGUCACAAGGCUGGGUGCAAUUAUGCCUGCAUGGUUGAAAGAGCCAUUUUAUUUGUCACUUUGAGGCUUUAUGCAGCCAAGGGAGGCUCGGUUUCUUUGGUCCCAGCAGAAGGUAACAGAACAGAAAUAGCUCACAUACCUCUUAUCCAUCUGUAAAUAACAGAUACUGUUAAUGUGUAAGAAGCAUUGAGCAUUUUUGUGUUCAUUGUAUACAGUGAUGGUUUUGGUAUACUCUUUAAAGUUCUGCUACUGAGUCACAAAAGCGAUGUGGGAGAAAUAGGCAGGAGUUGUCCAAAUCAUGAGUUCCUACAAUUUUAAGACCUUACACUGCCUUUUAUUAAAAACAUUUUUCAUAAUCUUGCCUCUUAUAACACAUUAUAAGAAGAACAGCAAGGUUUUCAGAGCAAGAGAACAACUUAUUCCUGU